GCAAUCGAUACACUCUUUACUCACUUGUAUCUCUAAAGAGUUAAACUAAAAAUGCUUUAAUUGCUGCCUAGUAUACAUUCGAUGACAAACUCUUCAUUAUUGCAAGUUUAAACGCGUCGCUAAAUUGGAAACAUUAGUCGACAUAAUCAUUUCAAGUCUUCACUAUAGACAAAAUCAGUUCGAGGUGAAAGUAGUACUGCUGAUGCACAACUGAAUGUGAUCAUGACGGGAGAUAACGCUGAGCGAGUAACUGAGGCGACGGUUGGGGAGUACACUGUAGAUGUUCCAGCGGAAGGAAGCACAGUUGAAGACCCACCAAACGGGGGUUUUAGGGCAUGGCUGGUAGUGAGUUUAUCUGCAGCGAUAAACUUUAUGUUGGCAAUAAUUGUGCUGCUGAUUGGUUUUGGCUUGUUAAUUACCACCGGCUCUGAAGAAGACAUAGAUUUGGAUGAAGAUGAAAGAACAGAAAUAUUUGAGCACUUUACGAACUUGUCGAAUGCUUAUAGUAUAUUUGCAGCGUUGUUUAUGGUACGAUAUGGCUACCGAAAGACAGUUGUGUUCGGUGCUCUAGUGUUUGCAUGCACACUCCUCGUUCUUGCUAACGUUAGGAAGGAGGCCAAAGAUUUCAUCAAGUUGUGUUUUUACUGUCCCGCAGCGAUGGGUUCAAGCUUCAUUUUACUGGGAUCUUUGAUUCCUGUGCUGGAAUAUUUUUCUACGAAGCGGAGGCGGGCACUCCUUAUUGUCAGAGUAUGCACCUACAUGGCGCAGUUAUUAGCUGCCGGAUUGUUUUUUGCGGAUAAAAUAAGGGAUUCAUUUUACUGGAGGACGGCAUUUUUAGGCGCCAUGGCACUGUGUGUUGGUAUCGGUAUUCUAGGAAUGUUUCUGAAAGACUUGAAGUUGACUAUGAACGAAAGUCCAUCACGUAACACCAAGAUAAGUUUUGUCCAGCGAGCCCUCGGCGUGCAUGUUCUGGCUUUGUUCAAAAACGGCUUGUUUUAUGGCCUCAUUUCGCUGUUCUUCUUCUUUCAAUUAGGAGCUAAUCCACUGGACUCUGUCUUUCAAGACAACGACUUUCAAGAGCAUAUCGGAGCUACAUCGUCUAUAGGCACAACCAUUGCUUAUGCGUUAGUUCCUUUCAUCGGGCUCAUAUUAGGUUCUUUGUUAGCCUGGAUACUUAACAAAGUUGCUGCCUACCCAAGCGAAGAGUUUCCGUUGUUUAGAAUGAUUGCCAUCUUAGUUGGCGGCGCGAGUUUUGUUCUCGGGGUUGCUAGUUUCAUUGCCACGAAUGCAACGUUUGGCUACGGUUUCACAUUCAGGCUUCUCUACGCGAUAUGUAUAGCCUACAUUGACAUGCUACGAGAUGAUUCUAUCCCUAAAAUGUUUGGACCAACCAACACCCGCGUGGUCGAGGGAUUCGUGCUUCUUGUGGUCGGUGUUGCUGGUAUCAUCGCCACUGAAAUCACAGGAGACAUAGACGAAUGGCAAUAUGAUUUCGUCUUCUGUGGAGCCAUGCUCCUUUUGACGGCGAUAGGAACUGGUGUCAUUUUGGUCCUCGUGCUCUUUGUUUUUGACAAAGGUAACCGGGUCAGGCCGCUAGCAGCAAGUGGCAACUCGAGAUGUUUCCCACAAUCAUCACCGAAUCAUGCCGGGUAAUGCGGCGUUUAGCCGUUGAUAAAGCUGAAUAAACUGAUUACGUUUGACAUUUGGCAAUACGCUUUGAUUGGUUUCACAAAACUUAACAAAUAUUGAAAAAGCUGUUUUAAGUCUGAAUAUGUUGAAUAUGUGCCAGCGUGUUAUAUUAUCUUGAAAAACAACAACAACAACACGUGUAUAAGUCAGACAAUCAGAAGGAUACCCUGUGCCUUAAGACCCUGUGUAUUUGAUAUUCAAUUCUUGUUACACUUUUUUUUGGAUGAACUUAUUUUUGGAAACUAAUUUAGAUUAAAAUUAUCUGUCUUUGAAUAUGCUCACCUCUCAACCAAACCUCACAUGCACGCAAUGAUGCAUGUAUUAUGCUGCUUGUAUUAUGCUGCUAAAGACUGCUAACAUGCACGCAAGGAUGCGUUUAUUAUGCUGCUUGCAUUAUACUGCUAAGGACUGCUUACAUGCACGCAAGGAUGCAUGUAUUAUGCUGCUAAAGACUUCUAAGACAAGCCAACAGUUUUCAUACAUCAGCCUCCAUCUGACCUCUUUUCCAGAAUAUAUUGAUAUCAUUUUUUCUGCUUUGCUAGUGGUUGAAGCGGUAUCCAUAUCCCAUUUCUUCUGCUUUGCGAGUGCUUGAAGCGGUAUCUAUAUAUAUUGUUUCUGUUUUGCUAGCGGUUGAAGCUGUAUUGAUAUCCCUUUCUUCUGCUUUGCUAGUGGUUGAAGCUGUAUUGAUAUCCCUUUCUUCUGCUUUGCUAGUGGUUAAAGCUGUAUUGAUAUCCCUUUCUUCUGCUUUGCUAGUGGUUGAAGCUGUAUUUAAUAUCCCUUUCUUCUGCUUUGCUAGUGGUUGAAGCUGUAUUGAUAUCCCUUUCUUCUGCUUUGCUAGUGGUUGAAGCUGUAUUUAUAUCCCCUUCUUCUGCUUUGCUAGUGGUUGAAGCUGUAUUGAUAUCCCUUUCUUCUGCUUUGCUAGUGGUUGAAGCUGUAUUGAUAUCCCCUUCUUCUGCUUUGCUAGUGGUUGAAGCUGUAUUGAUAUAUAUUUCUUCUGCUUUGCUAGUGGUUGAAGCUGUAUUGAUAUAUCUUUCUUCUGCUUUGCUAGUGGUUGAAGCAGUAUUGAUGUAUAUUUCUUCUGCUUUGCUAGUGGUUGAAGCUGUAUUGAUGUAUAUUUCUUCUGCUUUGCUAGUGGUUGAAGCUGUAUUGAUGUAUAUUUCUUCUGCUUUGCUAGUGGUUGAAGCUGUAUUGAUAUAUAUUUCUUCUGCUUUGCUAGUGGUUGAAGCUGUAUUGAUAUAUAUUUCUUCUGCUUUGCUAGUGGUUGAAGCAGUAUUGAUAUAUCUUUCUUCUGCUUUGCUAGUGGUUGAAGCUGUAUUAAUAUAUCUUUCUUCUGCUUUGCUAGUGGUUGAAGCUGUAUUGAUAUAUAUUAUAUGUUUUCCGGUAGUUUAUAGAGAUUUAUCAGUGAAAUAAAAAUGAAAUUUCAAACAUUUUAAUAACAUUUUGAUAUUUUUCACGGUUUUGAAAUUUUAGCCCGCUCUCAAUUCCAAAUCAAACGUCGGUGCACAUAUGACUGGGACACAAAUUCAACGACGUCAUUUCCGAAAUGACGUUACGUUCGCAUACAAAUUGGUGCCCAAUAAACUACAAUAAUCUGUCAUCAAAAUCCUUUUUAGGCAUAUAAUAAAAAGGAAAAAAU